AUGCCUGCCACGGAAAUUGAUCGAAAGAUUUCUAAACCAAAAUCUCAUAAAGGACGUAAAUUUUUGGCUGACCGUGAGCCGAAAAUUCAUGAGAAUGACAAGCAUACUUUAAUAUUCAAAGGCGCACACACCAGCGACAUUGUUAACAGUUUCCUCACUGAUCUGGCCUCCUUAAAAAGCCCUUUCGCCAGAAAAUUACAGCGCAAAAAUCGGAUUCUUCCUUUUGAAGAUGCAUCUUUCAUUGAAAACCAGUGCAAUAAGUAUGAUUGCUCUUUAUUUGUGACUGGGAUGCAUUCAAAGAAAAGACCCAACAACAUUGUCAUUGGCCGCCUUCAUGACCAUGAAAUCUUGGAUAUGCAUGAGCUUGGCAUUGAAAGAUACGUUUCUCUGAAAUCACUGAGCGUUAAGCUGUCCUACGGUAUGAAGCCCGUUUUAAUCUUCUCUGGUGAAGCAUUUGACGAAAGUGAAGAGAAUCAACGAUUAAAAUCAAUACUCAUCGAUCUGUUUCGUGGUCCUAAGGUUUCCAGAGUUAACACCUCCGGAAUCGAAUACGUUAUCCAUUUCAUAAUGCCUACACCCGAGAAGCUUAUCAUGCGAGUCCAGACAAUUAGUUUGAAAUCCCUCAAGAAGCCAACUGAUAAUUCUAUCACUUCUGAAGAUCAGACGACCCUUGAACCUUUACAGACUCCUUGGGGAUCUUAUGUAAAUAUUGAGCUCAACGAAGCUGCUCCACAAGUCGAUUUUGUCAUACGUAGACGGCAGAUGCCAUCGGAAGACAAGUGGAAGCGAGCUAUGCGUGUACCAGCAGAAGUGCGCCGAAAGAAGGAUAAGGCAACCAAGAACACGAGCAUGGAUAUGUACGGAAAUCGCGUUGGACAAAUCCAUUUGCAGCGUGAAACCGCUCUGGAUGUAAUGCGUCCCGGAAUGUCCAUGCGUACAGCUCUUACUGGUCAUGUGAAGCGAGGAUUUGAGCGUCAACAGAAUUCAAAUGAUAAGCUCAAUGUUAAGGGAGUCCAGAAAAGGAGGAUGAAUAAUGGUGAUGUCUCGGAAGAGCCAAAAAGUGCAAAACGACGAAAGGCUGAGUAG